UGCAAGCGCCUUUCUCCAAACCGUGGGAAUGGCGGCACCGAGGCUCUGCGCACGCGCCGUCUCCUAGCCUCGAAGGACGCGCUUCCGGUUCUCCGAGCUCUUCCAGGCGAGGCUCCCACUGCUCUUAGGGUUCCUCGGAGCCUCCUGGGAACUGUAGGAGGAGCGAGGAUUCCCGGGAGCCAGAGAAAGACCGGGUAGUGAGCUCGGGGCAGGAUCGGAGGAACCGGAGCCCGCCCGGGGCCCGCGGAGGCUCGCAGGUGUCCAGCGGCCGGGCGGACGUCACCGGGCUGCAGGCCUCGGGGCGGGCAUCCUGGGAAGGAGAGCCCUUCGAUCACCAUCCCUGGCCCUUGAGAGUACCUGAAAAUGGACAGUUUCCAGAGAAUCUUUGAGCAGAGGAUGCCAAGUCAGCUUUACCAACAACAGCUGUGGGUUUCCUGUGAUUUACACCUUGGCAAGGCCUCGUGAUUUCAGAUGUCUCCAGUCUGUUCUCAGGGGCAUAGACAGCCUUCUGCUCACUCUCCUUGGUGUGGUGAUAAAACCUAGAAUAAACGGGUUGCAUGUGCCUCAAAUGAUGCCCUGUUACUAUUUCUUUUUAGUAGUUUUUUCUUUUUUGGCGGGGGGGGGGGAUGAGGAGGGAGAGAGAAAAGAAUACUCACUAUAAAGCCCAGAUGGGCCUCAAACUGAUAAUUCUCCUGCAGCCUCCUGAGUGUUUCAGCUCUACUUUUAAAACAGGUAUCCAGGGCUCAGUUUGACUUUCGAUCCUGUGGUAAAACUAUUUCACUUACUUAUCUAGUGUCAACUCACUCCAUGCCUUCUACCCCUGUUGGGAUCAGAAUUAGUGACCAGAUCUCACACUUUCAAACCCAAUAACAUUUCCACUCUGCUUCCCCAAACUCUGUUGCACUUGGCAGUGUGACCAUCCCUUCCUCAGAUGCAUUCUGACUGUUUGUAGCCUUCAUACGACUCUUUUCCUCUCACUGAGCGUCUUCACUUGUAGCCCUUUGAGCUCUGCAAUCUUCUUCCUCUAAGAAUCUCAGGGUGGGAUUUUUGCUGUUCUUCUCUGCAAGGGUCCUCCGAAAGGCACCUGCAGUCCUGCUGUGCAGAAAAGAAAUGAUGUUGACAUCUGUCUGCUCAGUGUGCUUCUUCCUCAUCAGUCCCUGCCAAUGUCACUAAUCCUUCAGUUAUACAGGCUCGAAAGAAAAUGAGGCACAAAGCCAGAUGUGGCAGCUUAUACGUGUGAUUCCAGCACUCAGGAAGGUAACGCAGGAGAGUUGCUGUUGAUCAAGGCCAGCCUGGGCUACAGUGUGAAACUGCCUCAAAUGGAGAGAGGGGGGAGAAAAUGAGUAUGUGUUAAGUCUCCUGUUCUUUGCUUCUAGUCACAGGCAAUUGUCAAGUCUUGCUAAGUAUCAUGAGCAUCAGGUCUCUGGCCCUACUUCCCCUGCUCAGUUCCUGUCUUCAGAAUCAUCAUGAUAGAGUUUUCAAUGGUCUGCCCACCUUUCUCAGGUGUGUGCUUACAUUUGUCUUGUAGCAAUACCCGUCUAAUGUCUCAGUGCCGGAGCUGCCCCAGCAGGUCCACAUACUUACAGGAAAAAGUUCAGCAUCCUACGUUUGACUUAGCAGGGCCAGUUUUCUACUUUUCCUUAGUCCCUGCCCCUCCAGACUUUUCGUUUAACAGCUGUGUGUCAAUCAUGUUAUGUACCAAGCGCUGUGUAUCGACCAUAUUGUUAGGUAUCAGACACUGCACCAGAUGCUGUACCUGUCGUUUGGCAAAAGCUAACACCUCUGCCCUUGUGGAGCUCAAGCUGGUGGAGGCGUGGCUUUCCUGUGAUUGACAUCUAGGCAAGGUUCAGCUCAUGAUAAACAGAUUUGCCGCUGCUAUGACCAGGACAUUAGAAAGUGACAUGAGACCUGGGGCACCUCUUCUCUGUAAGGAUGUUCCACACACUGGGACAUACCACACACCUACCAUCCCUUGCCCUGUGUCCCUUUACCAGAAGCCGGUCACAUCCCACUGAACUGCAACAGCCAGACAUUUGUGCCAAGCUGUGUACUAUGCCCUGGGAAGCAGGCUUCAGCCAUGUUGAGCCCCAGUGCAGAAGGGUAGUAUUGUGCCUCUAGUUUCCAGAUCAUGCACCAGAUUUUACUUUGAACCGGUCCCUUCCCAUUUAAAUGAUCCUUAGUUCUUCAUGUUGUUUGAGACUAGGAACAGGGCUUUUGUAGGACCCAUUCCUGUCCCUCCUCUCUAUCCUCCAGGCUGUGCGUUCAUGGAGCAGAGCCCUGUCUGCACAUCACCUGUGGGGCUCCCUCCAUGUGAAAGUGGGGGCUGUGGCCACGCCUCUCUCUCUCUGCCUCUCCACCCCUGUGCUCCUUGCAGCGAGGCGUCUCCUUUUCUUUUUGGCUUUCCUUUGUUUUCUUCCCAGAGUGCAUAAAGUUGACCUGAGUCACCAGAAUAUGUUUUUUGUCUUUUGUUACGACGACGACACCAUUCAGUCUCUCCCACAGGGAACAUCUCUCCUGCUGUGGGCUGUAUGCUGUUAAGGGCAGCUGAGUCUGUCUGUGUGGCAUGGACUCACGAGUCAGCUCUCCUCAUCCGACUCUCGCUGGCCUUUUCCUUCUACCAUUCUUUGCGGUUACCCUUUCUGGUUAUCAAGAGCUAUAUAGUCACCAUCUUGCCUAGGCUGUAAUGGAAAUUAUAAAGUACUGUUCAUUACCAGGGAGCUUAUUUUGGAGGGAGUGGUUCAUAGACAACCUUUAAUAUGGGUAGUAAACUUACCUCUAGGAGAGAGGUACGCCAUCCUGAAGGAAAGAUGCCGUGCUGCGUAUGUGCAGAUGUGUGGCAAGGUGAGGAAAGGACUCAGGGACCCGCAAUAGCUAUGCGUGAGGUGGAGCGUGUGGCAGGCCUCGGGCUCAGGGAGCAUGUGGGCUUCUGCAGAGCUGGGGGAUGCCCAAGUCUUGUCACUGCAUUUCAGAAGGAUUUCCGACAAGCGUAAGUACCAACCAGUCACAGACAGUUUUUCUGCACACGUCCCCACACUGCACUACUGGCCUGUCCGUACCGAAGUGCAGUGAUCAGGACCAGGAAAAACUGUCAAUCAGUCCUGGUACUGUACGGACAGCAGUGUAGACGGGACUGACUGUCUGCAGUUCAGGGGUCCAGGGCUACAUUUGGUUGUCGUGUCUGUUAGCAUUCACACCCACUUCUUGGAAUCCUGGCCAAUAAGCAGAUAAUACCCUGGCCUGCCCAGCGUCCUGACAUCAUCCUAUGUUCCUGUUCCCUUUAAGAAGGGACUGCUCCCCCUCGGCUCUCUCUCUUCCCCCCUCCGUGAGGUGGUGCCCACCUCCCCCCCUUUUCUCUCUCUCUUUCCCUCUCCCCUUUUUCUUUCCUUCACCAAACAAAACUCUCCACUGCACACUGUCUGUGGGGCGUCUCUGUCUCUCACCCGCCAUGGGUCAUCUUGGCUCUACCCGCCAAGGCCUCUCAAGUGCCGUAUCAUAACAGGUCUCCAUGGCCUCUUGCAGUCUGGGGUGGUCCUUGUCUCUCAUGACCUUUCAGUGGCUGCUUACCCUGUGGAGCACAGUUAGUUACCCUGUGGAGCACAGUUAGUUAGUUACCCUGUGGAGCACAGUUAGUUACCCUGUGGAGCACAGUUAGUUACCCUGUGGAGCACAGUUAGUUACCCUGUGGAGCACAGUUAGUUACCCUGUGGAGCACACAGUUAGUUAUCCUGUGGAGCACAGUUAGUUACCCUGUGGAGCACAUCCUGACUGCCCCUUGUCCUUCCUGGGACUCCUCUGUUUUGUCACUGCACUCUUGACUUCUUGUCCAGACAGGUGGCUGCUGUCUGUCUUAUUUGUAGUUCCCCUCCAUAGCCUGUUUAUUUCACUUACUUGGGUUGCGGGGGGGGGGGGGGGGGGGCCGAGUUGGAUCUGUGUACUGAAAUCUGUGUACUGAAAUCUGUGUGGUGAAAUCUGUGUACUGAAACCUGUGUGGUGAAAUCUGUGUACUGAAACCUGUGUACAGAAAUCUGUGUACUGGAAUCUGUGUACUGGAAUCUGUGUACUGAAAUGCCUUUGCCCUCUCUCCUCUGCCCUUCCCCCACCCCGUUGUUUUCUCCCUCUGUCCUCCUCCUGAAGGUGACAAGUUACUAAUUCCUGGUUGGCCCUUACUGUGUGUGUCUUCUGUCAUCUCCUCCUUUCUUACGUGAUCUUACCCUGUGGAGAUCAUUGCGCCUUUUCCCCCCUUCACAGUGCGACCUAGAGCUCAUUCCAGGUCAGUUUAGAGACUUCCUCGUUUGCUCUCAGGUACCAUCUCCCAUUACCAUUCUCUCUCCUUUGAGACCAAAUAUUCACUUGCCAGGAUAGCUGCCUUUACCCCUUUUCUCCACAGAUUCGUUGAGCUCAGCAUUGCAGGUUGUUGCCUUAGCCUCCUGUGCUGGUGAGUGGGUGUUUAUUGCUGGCUUCCUACGUUGGCAUGUGCCCAGCUCUGGUCAUGCCAUAGAGCCUGCUCAUAGUGUCCCCAGCCCACAUGAGGUCAGUCCCUCUUGGUCCUCAGGUAGUGGAGUACUUUGGUCUCACCCCCUGAUGCUCCCUGUAGAAGGGCAUCCUGGUUUUCUUCCCCUUUGCUUGGACCUUUUAGCGAUUUCCCGUUUUCAGGUAUGGAACGGCAAACUCCUUCCAGGGGAGCAGAUAGUACUGUUUACAGUUUUGUUGGGUACAGUCUCUUUUAGCUCGGAGUGCGGCAGUUGCUGUGUGAAAAUGUCAUGGGCAAAGUGUGAACCAGGCACUGCCAGAUGCAGCGCCUGUGGCUGGAUUUGGCCCUAGGCAAUGGCGUGCCAUCCAUCACCCAGGUGCUGCGGAGUUGCUUCUCGAGUGUACACGGGGCCUGCUGCUCUGGUGUUCACAAACACCUCUGCGACAGAUUUGCAUGUUUCACACUAGUGGUCUCCAGAGUGGGGACAAGGAGCACCCCAGCAGCGCUGUACUUCUAUUCAUAUUGAUAUCUUGACCAGGGGCAUGGGAAAACAACAGAUGGUUAAUGGUAUUGGCAUGGUUAUCGGUACUAACAUGUUGCUUAACCUACAUUAUGAUUUCCAGGUCAACACCUGGGUCAUUUGCACUUCAAGAGUGCUUUACUGAUGGGGUGCAGUAACUCGAUGACUGAUUAUAGGGUAGGGUGCUUGCGUGCUCUGCCCCUGCAGGUCUCUUCCCUACAGCACUAGCUCUCUGACUGUCAUGUCUGUGGUUUGCCUCAGUGUAUUUCUCAAUGAACACACUGUGGCAAGACACACCUUACGUGCGGACUAAAAGGAUCAUCUCCCAGAAGUCUGAUGGCACAAAACAGGGCCGUUUAUGGUCCCCUUUGUCUAGCAUGUAUGUUCCUGCCUGAAGUGCGGUGUCUGCUUGUGUCACUUGUCACGCUGGGUGCUCCUUGAGAGCAAGAGCCAUAUUGCACAUGAGCCUGUAAUCUGAGAAUUCCAGGGCACAAUAUAAACUCCACACAUUUAAAAACCUCAUUCAUAAAUAGUGAGUGAUUUCUAUUCUUUCAUUCCCCCAUGAAGUAUCUCUCCAUAGCCUAACACUGGCCAUGGCAGUGCCCUCCUGAUCUUUGAUAGUCCCACAGAUUUGCUGUUGCUCAGUUCUGAUUAUCUCAGAUGAAACAUGUUCUUUCAGAGGUCGGUUUCCUUCAAGGAUUUGACCGUGGACUUCACCCAUGAGGAGUGGCAAUGUCUGGGCCCUGCACAGCGCCUCCUGUACAGGGACGUGAUGCUGGAGAACUACAGGAACCUCCUCUCAGUGGGGUUUCGUGUUAGCAAACCAGAUGUGAUCUUAAAAUUGGAGCAAGGAAAAGAGCCGUGGGUAGUGGAAGAAUCGCCAAGUCAGAACCAUCCAGAAGAUGAUGAUGCCUUAGAGAAGGACAAGGGAAUACAAGACAAACAUUUGAAGCAAUUUUUAGUCUUCAGUAACAAAAAGAUGCCAGAAAAAGCCAUUCUGUUCGAGGAAACAGUUGCUCUUGACAUGAAUACUGUUUCUUCAGAAAAAAUGUUCCAUAAAUAUGACCCAGGGGGAAAUGGCUUGAAAACUAAUUCAGAAGAAACCGUUGCAAAGUCAAGCCAAGCAAAUGCAAAGCUAAUUGCUGAGCCCGGUGGGUGUGAGAAGCUCCCACCCCACACAAGGCCUGACAAAAGCCAUUCUGGGACAAGACGGAACAAAUGUGAUGAAGUUAGGGAUGUUAGGAGUCACGGUGAAGAUCUUAAUCCAUACCAGAAUAUCCAGUCUUUAAGUCAGCCCUCUGAACUUAACAAGGGUGGGAAACCCUUCCUCCAGAAGUCAGCCCACUCUGCAGGAAUGGAGGACCAUGCUGAAAGAAAGCGAAAUGAAUGUGCUGAGUGUAGGAAAACCUUCUCUAAGAGGUCCACCCUCAUUGUCCAUCAGAGAAUCCAUACAGGAGAGAGACCCUAUGCUUGUAAUUACUGUAGGAAAACUUUUCGUAUAAAGGCAAGCCUCACUCGACACCAGCGAGUUCACACUGGAGAGAGACCUUAUAAAUGCAAAGAGUGUGGGAAAGCCUUCAUUGACAAAUCUGCCCUCAUUGUGCAUCAGAGAAUCCAUGGAGGGGAGAAAUCCUACGAGUGUAACGAAUGUGGGAAGACCUUCUUCCGGAAGUCAGCCCUGGCUGAGCAUUUCAGAUCACACACAGGGGAGAAGCCUUAUGAAUGCAAGGAAUGUGGGAAUGCCUUUGGCAAGAAGUCUUACCUCAUUGUACACCAAAGAACUCACAGAGGAGAGAAACCAAAUGAAUGUAAGGAGUGUGGGAAAACCUUCUUCUGUCUGUCAGCCCUGACGGCACAUCAGAGAAUUCACACGGGGGAGAAACCCUAUGAGUGCAGUGAGUGUGAGAAAACUUUCUUCUGUCAGUCGGCCCUCAAUGUGCAUCUGAGAAGUCAUACCGGAGAGAAACCCUAUAAAUGCCGCCAGUGUGGCAAGUUUCUGUGCACUAAGUCUGCUCUCGUGGCCCAUCAGGUAAUCCACAGAGGGAAGAAGUCUUUCGAAUGUAAUGAAUGCGGGAAGCUUUUCUACCUGAAGACAACACUCACGAUACAUCAGAGGACUCACACCGGAGAGAAGCUUGGCGUGCUCAGUAAAUGGGGUCGAACAUCCCCUGUGAAGUCAAACUGCAUCCAACAGGAAGGAAUGGACACAAAGGAGGAUCGUGAGUGCCACGACCAUAAGCGUACAGUCCACAAAAGCUCACGCCGCUUUGCACAUAAGAGAACCAUAUGGGAGAGACCUUACGAAUGUCCCGAGUGUGGGAGGACCUACUGCCGGAAGUCAGCUCUCCGGCACCAUCAGAAGACACACACAGGAGAGAGGCCCUAUGAGUGUAAAGAGUGUGGGAAAACCUUCUGCCAGAAAGUCUCCUUUACCGAGCAUCAGCGAACUCAUACUGGGGAAAAACCACAUAAAUGCAAAGAAUGUGGGAAAUCCUUCCGCCAUAAGUCAGCAUUCACAGUGCAUAAGAGAAUUCACACAGGAGAGAAACCGUAUGGAUGUAAUGAAUGUGGGAAAAGCUACCGUCGGCUCUGGACUCUGACUGAACAUCAGAAAAUACACACAGGGGAGAAACCCUAUGAAUGUAGCACAUGUAAGAAAACAUUUCGCCAUAAAUCAAACUUCCUUUUACAUCAGAAAACUCACAAGAAGUAGAUUCCAACAAGGCCACAGCUAAUUUACAUAAUGCUCCAAUCCUGAGUUAUGCAUAAAGGAGUGAGACCUCGUCAGCAUGUGGACCAUGGAAGGUUUUCUGCUGACGUCAGCCCUGUAACUAGAGAGCUCACAUAGGCAACAUGCACAGUUUAUUUUAUGAAUGUCAAACUUUCAGUGUUACUAUGGAAACAUUCAGCAUUUCAAACAUUACACCAGGUGUGCCUGCUUCCCUUUCAGAUCAUGAAACAAGUAUUAAUCCCUACUCGAUUACCCUCCACAGUCAGUUUAUGUAGUGUGUGUUGCCAGAUGUGAGGAUCCGGUCUCGAUCCCAGGUCACUGCCAGUUGUUACUGUGAUAAACGAAUUUACAGUGUUUAUAGCUCAGACUAUCCAAGCUGCUCGUCUUCUGUCCACGUUGUUAUCUAGUGAUAGACCCCGUUCCCUUAUCUGCAAAAGUGAGGAGUUCUUUGCCCGCCUGUAGUGACUCCUCACGUGAGUGAGCAUUUGCUGCAGCCAAGUCCCUGGGUUUUUCCAGUGAGGGGCGCAAUGUCUCAUGUAAGUGCCUCCUGGAGCUUUCAGGUAAGCUAAGACAAACAGCAGUUGUAGGUAUCGUAACAAGAACAGCAAAAAUGUAACAAGCAGGUUUGAAAAGUGAAGAGGAUUUGGGGAGUGUUUGAAUCAAAAGUGUCUUUCCUUCUAGUGUUCUUAAAUACUUCUGUUCCCUCAGUGGUGUGAUUGUGUCAGUGUUUUUUGUUUGUUUGUUUGUUUGUUUGUUUGUUUGUUUUAAAUGUCCAUAGAGGUGUUACUUAGAAUUUACCUAUCAGCUUCUGAGAAAAGGUCUCAAUGGUGCCAAAUAGAAUCUCAUAGUAUGCUCCAGCCAGAAUGCCAUUCUGUGGCAUUAGUGUGAGGCUAAUGUCAAGUCUUGGUAGCCAGCCACAAGUGGAAUUUUCUACUAACCCAGCCCUGCUCUCUGAUGUAUUGUCAAAUCUUAGGACAGUGAAGUGAGUUUAUUUCAUUGACAAAGAAGAGCCACUGGGUUUCCUGUCCUGGGCCUUGCCUGUGACGAAGCUGGCAAAGUGACAAAAUGCUGUCACUCGGCUAAUCAGCCGCUGGAGUGGCCAGACUAAGUUGUAUCAUCCAACUGAGUCUUGGAAAUGAGAGUCUCUCUGGCUUGUCCGCUGCUUCUGGUUGUGAUGUUGGGUUCUUGGGGGGGGGGGGAAGCUGCCCUUUGUUUGAGACUCAUCAGAAAUCCCACUGAGAACAAGAGUGGUCUAUUUAUUCAGUUUGUAUUUUAUAUCCUUCAGUAAGGUUAACGUAUUUGUGAAUGCACAUGUAUUCGAUGUAUAUAAUAUAUACUGAAACAUGAAUAUAUGUGUAUAUCAAUACAAAUAGUAAUAUUUCCCUGAGAUUUUUAAUAAUUACUUAAAGAUUUGGUUGCUGUUGCGAAUGGAAUUUUAUCAUCUGUUUUUAAAAUUACUCAUAGAGGUCCCGACAGAACUAGCAAGCAAAGGUGCUUGCUGGCAGCCUGACAACCUGAGUUCAAUCUUUGGGCCCCACAUGAUAGGAGAGUUACCCUGGCUUCCACAGGUGUGAUAUGGCAUGCACACACAAAAAUAAAUAAAGGUUAAAAUG